AUGAGAGUUUUCAGGAAGUUCGCAUUCUGCGUUAUUCUUAGUGCCAGCGCUCAAUCAGUCGAAGAUGGACUCGCCAGCUCUGGCAAACAACCGAGAGCAACUUGGAGAGAGCUCCUCCAACUUAUGAAUAAUGACGAGGAUGACGAUACAAGUCCUUCAAUACUUGCGCGAGGAAAGAAAAAAGUUUCAACAAGUGGUGCAGGUUGGGGACGGGAACCAAAGAACAAAUUUGUUGAGUUCAAAACGUGUCCAAAAUUAGCAACGCCUAAGAAUGCAAGAGGUGUCUUUUGCGAUGGAGCGACUUGCGUUGUGGACUGUCAAGCUGGCUUCAUGCCCGCUGGAAAUCCACGCAUCAACUGUGUACGCAAUAAAGCUCAGAACUUUGUCGAGACGGGCAAGAACAGGUGGAGUGGGCAACUUCCAGAUUGCCAAGCAUGCGAAGAAUUACCACCAAUAUUCGACAAGAACAUCGAUCAAUUCUGCUUUGUCAAUGCCAGAGACAACCAAAUGACUUGUGAGCAUCAAUGUACCAAUGGCGGUAAGCUAACAGGAAUGAAGGGGUCCGUUUUACGCUGCGCCUGCAAUCAACAAGGAGUUUGUGGAUGGUCAAGAAAGCCAAAAAAGGCCAGAUUUGCUGACACAAGCAAUGCUCGAUGCACCCAAGAAUUCAUUCUCCCGCCUCAACGCAUACUUUGUGAGGAGAAGAGCAUUUUGGAAUUUUCAACUGAAGCCGCCAGAAUAACAAACUCAAACGACUGCAAGAAAUGCAAAUUAAUGACAAUAGAGACUCGUUUUCCUGCUUCUUUUGACUCCGACGAUACAAUGCUACUGGAACUCAGCCAGCCUUUGAAAUCAGUCGGUUCCUUUUCGUUCCCGAUCGUUUCGGCUGAGCUCUCCGAAGAUGAAACUGCCAUUUUGUUAACGUUCUAUGAAUUCGCAGACAUGAGCAACAUGGAUGCGCGAAUGUUCCUUAAUAUCGAAUCGAAACGAAAGACGCCAGAAGUCAUCGGUAUCACUACUCGACCCUGCAAUGCAAAACGAUCCGAGUUUUCUGUCAGUCCUAAUUCCAAAGGAGGUGGUUAUGGAUCUACCACUUCGUCAGUUGUAUCAACCACUGGAAAAACAACAACCUCGGGAGCUGGAAAUAACGGUCUCUAUUCUGGAAAUUCCGGAAGCUCCUAUUCUGGAGUUUACGCAGAAGAAGUCGACACGAAAAAGAUUGAAAAUGCUGUGAAUGAAGUGACUAAAGAAAUAGGAGUAAAGGAAAUUUUGUAUACAGAUCUAUCUUACAAUCCUGAACCGGAUGAGACAGAGGUAUCAGAUGAAGAAUAUGAAACGCUAGUCGAGAAGGGAAUAUUAGAGCCACAAGAAAACUUCAAAACGUUUCGGCGUCAUUACACCGAUCGCACUGUUUGUCCUGAAUAUGAUCAUCCUACUGAUGCGGCCUGCAAGCUAGCAAGAAGAUCAAUUGAAAAUGAUCAUGACAGAAAAUACAAAUACUCUCAUGCUACUUGCAUUUACAAUUGUGAUCACAAAUGUCCUCAUACACAUUGUAAAGAAGCACAACGGCGAAGAAGAUCCACUGAGGUUGGCAAGACAAUAAAGCGCUGGAUGGUAACAAUCCAGCUUUUAACGAAAGAAAAAUUCAACAAGACUGAUUUCGCUGAGAAAACAGAAGAUAAUAUCGCUCGACGCGGAAUAAAAAUUCUCAAUCUUGUUCCGAAGGAGGCGGAGACAACAAAAUACUUUUGGACGCAGCAAAUCUUCCUGAUCAUAGCAAUAAUUUCCACUUGCGUCUUUUCAGUUUUAAACACGCGAACUUUGGGGAAACUUUCAUUGCUAUCUACUUUAUUCUUGUCUAUAGUACCACUGAUUGAUAUUCUGCCGCCCGUUUUCGUCUGGUACGAGUAUAACACGGAUUCAAGUCUGGCUGUCGAUCCUGUCGAAUGGGUUUCAGGGAUGCUAGUGUUUUGUGCCUUCGUCAAACUUUUGAACCACGUGCUCAAACUCACCAUCGUCGCAUUCAAGACGAGCAAAGAAGACGAGACGAUGUUUAUCAUCAUGCACAAGGUUCUCGUCGAGUACCGAAUUAUCGACCAGUUUCUUCUCAAAGCAGUGGACUUUUGGCUGGUCUAUUUCUACUUUUCCAGAUUUCUGGUGCAUGGAAGCCCGUUCAUUCUCAAAGCUGGCUGCUUGAAAGAAAGUCUCGAUCUUGCAGAGCAGCAGAAGGAAAUCCAUCAAACAAGCGCGGACUGCCCAUGCGCCCCGUUCGCUCAGGGCAUAUUUACUCUCGUUUACAGAGCAACGCAAGUCUCCAUUUUUUUUUCGACGUUCAUGAUUGUUCUAAACGAUUAUGUUAUUGACUUCUGCGUAGAAUUCGCGAAGGGAAAUGGAGCAACAGAAAAUGAUAGUAUGGAGAAAUGGAUCUGUUCACAAGUCAAUAAUCAAUCUUUAUCCAUAAUGAAAGGACGUAUCACAAUUGAAAAUCAGUGUUUCCAAAAGAAGAUAUUAGAGUCUGAUUUCAAGAGCUAUAAAAUUGAACCCCAUCCAUUUGAAGAAGGUUGCAUGGUGCCGAGUGAAUUCGUAAUUAUGGUACUGACGAUUUGGAUUGUUAUAGCCUCCUCUGCACUAUUCGUUGGAGUAUGCAUGAAUCUGCCCCCUGUUACUUUUAGCGAGCUCAAAGAAAAACUUUUUAUCUGCAACAGAAAAGAAAAAGAAAGUGAAGUUGUGAUUCUGGCCGAACAAACUACUCUAAUGAACCCUGACGAACAAAAAUCCUGA